GUCGUCUCAACCUCCUUGUGGCUUGUAGGCUUGUAGGCUUGUACCCCGCGAUAAGAGGCUAUCGGCAUCACGACGUCAGAGCUUUCCCCAUCACUCCAAACUCAGGCGCGCCAAGCUGAGACGGUUUGAAGCGCACUGCCACACUUCACUACGACAUCACUGCUAGUCCUGGGAGUCUGACCAGGGACCAACAUCGUCUUCUCCUUCAUCUUCUCCAUCUUGCAAGAGCAGCACAUGCCAACGACCAUGGCGGAUCUAUCCGCAGAGAACGCCCGCCCGGGUUCCAACGCAGCUUCGGCGCUCAACUCGAAAGAUACGUCACGGGCCGCCACACCGUCGAACGCGCCCGCCGAGAAGGCCCCCGAGGAUGGCUCCAAGUUCAAGACGCUCCUGGGCAUCUUGAGGAAGUUCAUAGGCGUCUCCGACCUCGCGGCCGUUCGAUUCUCCCUCCCCGCCCAGCUCCUGGAACCAAGACCAAACUUGGGUAUGUUUGCCACUGGCGGUGUCUGCAGUCUGCACAUUGGAGACUCGGACGAGGACCUGGGGCGCAUGCUGGGCUGCUUGCGCUUCUGGUUCACCAAGGACCUGAAAUACGUCAAGGGCAAGCCCUGCAAGCCAUACAACUCGACCCUGGGCGAGUUCUUCAGGUGUAACUGGAAGAUCGAAGACAGCCACCCCACGCUCAAGACGCCGACCUCGGCACCCUCGAGUAGCGCGAACAGCGUCGCUGGCGACAACAAGCCUGUCACCGUCUCGUACCUCACCGAACAAACCUCGCACCACCCUCCCGUCUCCGCUUUCUACGUCGAUUGCCCGGAGAAGGGCAUCAGCGCAAGAGGCUACGACCAGCUCAGCGCCAAGUUCACCGGCACGAGCGUGCGCGUCGUCGCUGGAGCACACAAUCUAGGCAUCUUCAUCACGCUGAAGAACAGGGACAAUGAGGAGUACCAGCUGACCCAUCCGGCAGCCUAUUUGGGCGGUCUGCUGCGAGGCUCUCUCAGUGUAUCCGUUGCCGACUCCUGCUACAUCACCUGCCCCAAGACAGGCCUGAAGGUCAUUCUCGAAUACCUCGAGGAGGGCUGGCUCGGACGGACACAGAACAAGGUCCAAGGCGUCAUCUUCAAAUACGACCCCAAGAACGAUAACAUCGUCAAGAUCAAGGACGUGCCAGAAAAAGAAGUCCUUGCGCGCAUAGAAGGCAACUGGCAAGACAAGGUGUACUACACCCUCGGCAGCAAGCCGUUCGCCAAGGUGGCCGAGAAGAACCUGAUUAUCGACCUCAAUCCCCUGGACCCGAUCCCCAAGGUCGUCCCACCACUUGAGGAGCAACUGCCCAACGAAUCGCUCAAGUUCUGGGAUGCUGUUACACAGGCCAUAGUAGGCCGACAGUAUUCGCUCGCCACCAACCUCAAGACUGAGAUCGAAGAGAAGCAAAGACAGAAGGCUGCUGAGAGAAAGACGUCCAACACUGAGUGGAAACCAAGAUUCUUUACCGGUGCCGUGACACCCGUAGGUCGGCCAGACCUUACCGCCGAUGGAGAAGCAGCACUCAAGGGUUUACACUCCGAGCAAUACCAACUCGAGCCGAAUAAGGAAUAUGGGGCAUUCUAA